AUGGAUUACAUGAAUCUAGGUGUAAAGUCUAGAAAGACUGGACUGCGAGUUAAAAAUGAUAUAAAUAAGGAUGAGUUCUCCAUGGAAAGAAUUGAUGACUUUUUCAAUGAUGAUAAUGAUAAGGACAAAUUGGACAGAACUCCCGGGACUGCUACAAGAAAAUGGAAUCGAUCAGGAUUAUCUUCACCUCAUAUAUUCUCACCUGAAGUUCUAAAUUCCAAGAGAUCGUCUUUACUAAGUCAUUCCUCAGUAAGAAAUGAUCCGGAACCAUUUCUCGAUGAUAAUGAAGCUCAAUUGGAUCUUCUCCAGCCAAUUUUUGAAGAAGAUAUUAAUAAAGAGGAAGACGAGGUCAACUCAAGGCAAACUCAAUCUUACAAUACAACUUACGAUCUGCCAAAUAAACCCAGGAAUACGAAGAAUCCUUACACAACGGACUACAAAGAUGAUAUACCGGACCUAAUUUCGGAUGAUGAUACUACUAUUGACAACACAUACUUAAAUACGUCAGAUAAUGCUCUUCUAGAAGAGGAAAUUUCUGAUAGUUACCUAAACGAUGGUAGUACGAGCGAUGAAGGUCCAAGCUCUGAUAGUUCCGACAAUGAUGAUAAUAAUGAAAGUGAGCUCAGUAUUGUAAGCGAAGAUGAUCGAACAUACAUCCCCUCUGAGAACGAGGUUGACGAAGGGCACAACUCUGUAGCAUUCGAAGAAGAUGAUAUUUCGUCUGAUGGCGAGGACUAUCUUCUUGCUCAGAGAAAUAAUAAUGCGGAAGCUAUUGGGCACGAUAAUUCUGGAUUGAGAAGAUCCACUAGAGUGAAGGUUCCUCCUUUAGAGUACUGGAGAAAUGAAAAGAUCGUAUAUAAAAGAAACUCAGAUAAGCCUGUGCUAGAUAUUGCAAAAAUCAUAACUUAUGAAGAAGCUCCAAGAAAGAAGGCUUUAUUGAGUUCCACGACAACCCCUUCCGCUCCUAGAAUAAGGAGACCAAUAUUGAGUAAGAGGCAGGUAAGAAUACGCAAAGUACCAGUUAAGAAUAAUUCAAAUGCCACAAUAUUAAAUAAAAUCAAUAAUGGAGGGAUGAUUGAAGGAAAAUGGUUGAAGGAUGGCAUGCUUAAAUGUGAUGUCAACAUAGCAAAAGAUAAGAAUACAAAAGAAAAUGAAUUAAUUGCUUUGGCCCCAAAUGUUGCACAAAUGGAAAAAACUAAAAUUACGAAAGAUGAGAAAUAUUCAAUAGCAAUUGCCUUCGAUAAACAUCGAGAUACUUUUGCAAGCGGAAUCUUAAAAUUACCAAUCGGUGGCAAUAGGAAUUCAAAAAACUCGUUCAGCACAGUCACCACUUUUUAUGUUAUAAAUGGUGUGCUAGAAGUUGCAUUGAAUGGGACGAGGUUUGUUGUAAUUGAAAACUGCUCAUUUCAAAUACCUGCUUUCAACGAUUAUGCUUUAAAAAAUAAAGGAAACGAUGAAGUAAAACUUUUCUUUGUACAAGUUACAGUAGGUCAGAGUUCGAAUUCUGAAGAAACUAGGAACCUUACUAGUGAUCCACUGUCAGAGCUAUUCCCAACUUCUAAUGUGAAAUCAUUUUCCAUAGAUAAUAACACCAGGUUGUCUAAGGAUCUUUUUCUUCCGAACUCCUCGAGUGAUUCAUGA